GUAAAACGGAAAUUGAAUUUGGAGACUGACCAUCAAUACAUUGCAGACCAUGCUCAGGUGGCUCGAGGAAAAGCAAAAAAUCCUAUAAAAGGUUUAAAGUCUCCUGGAGAGAAAUCCCGCUAUGAAACGUCUCUCAACUUGACCACCAAGCGCUUCUUAGAGCUAUUGAGUCAGUCUCCUGAUGGUGUUGUGGAUCUCAACUGGGCUGCUGAAGUACUAAAGGUGCAGAAGAGGCGUAUUUAUGAUAUAACAAAUGUCCUGGAGGGCAUCCAGCUCAUCACCAAGAAAUCCAAGAACCAUAUCCAAUGGCUGGGGAACCGGACUUCUGUGGCGGGCACCAAUAAGAAUCAAGUGUUAAUGAAGGAACUACAGGAUCUUCAAGCAGCAGAACAGCAUCUGGACAGCCUCAUCCAGAUGUGUACUACUCAAUUCAAGAUCCUUACUGAGGAACCUGAAAACAAGCAUUCAGCUUAUGUGACUUGCCAAGAUCUACGCAACAUUGCAGACCCCUCAGAGCAACUGGUGAUGGUCAUCAAAGCCCCCCCUGAGACACAGAUGCAAGUCUCUGAUCCUGCAGAGAACCUUUGUUAUCUGGAGAGACUACACUGCCUUUGAAGUGUCCCGGGGAUGAUGUAAACCUCUCACCACUGGCUUCCGUGGAUGCCUUGCUUCUGCAGGGCAAGGAUGACUUCUCAAGUUUUCUGCCCUCUGAAUUCAUUGCACUUUCACCACCCCAGACUCAGGACUAUCAUUUUGGCCUCGAGGAGGGUGAAGGCAUCAGUGAGCUCUUUGACUGUGACUUUGGAGAUUUCACCUCCUUGGAUUUCUGAAUAUCCUCGGAUUGGGGAAAGAGGAGCGCCACCUGGUCAACUCUACCCCACCAUGGGGGGAUCUUCUUGCAGCUGACAUCUGAACCUAAUUCCAGGGCUAGUUGUCAUCUUCAGGGCCAGUGUGCUGUAAAUCAGAUGCCAGGGAAGAAAAAUGGCAGAAUGUGGUCUGGCAUCAAUGACAGUGAGAGCACUCAGCUCCUGGAAGGGUUGCUGCCUUUUGCUGGCCAUCUCCCUGUAAUUGAGGGAGAUGGCUGUGAAGCUAAUUGCUGCUGUGAAUGUUGCAAGCUUGUUUUUGUGAGCUGAUUGAGAGACAGCAGGCAUCACCUCAAGCCUGCUGUGCCCAGGCCCAGAGUAGUAAUAAUACUUAGGAAUAGGGAGUAGGGUCACCUUGAUUCUCUGGUGCCAUGUUUGGAAUCUAUAGGGAUAGCUUUAGAGAUGCUGUUGCAGCAGCCUAGUUAUUCUUGUUGAACCACUCCUUUCCCUGAAUUUCACUUUAGAUAAUACUUGGCUGUGGGCAGGCCCCCUAUUUUUAUCAGGUUCUUAAUUUUCUAUGUUGUGAGCAAUUUCUCAGUCUUGGCUUAGAAAAACACGAUGGUCAGAAGCUAUCCUUAGAAGAGGGGGCCCCUCCAUUCCUGUUUUGGUUGUAUGGCAGAAGCACUGAGCACAUUAUUGUGAGGGACACCUUUCUGCCAGGCAGCGGUGGGAGAAGGUGACCAGAAUGGUACUUCUCAGAACAGUCAUUGAUCUGUCCUCUUGCAGUCUAUCUCUUUCUGUUUGGCUGGCAUUUUUACCUUUACCUAGGACUGGGAAAUUCUGUAUGCUGGCAAAUGAUGAACCAGAGAUUUGCAACUCAGUAGUUAAACAAUGGUCAAGUAGAAGAAAGAAAACCAACUGGAUGGAUAGCAUGGGUGAUACAAUGGGAGCCUUUUGUUAAAUAUGCUGCUCAAACUAGUGAAAGGUAAUGGGUAAUUGGAUAUGUUAGAAAAGUGGGCAUUUUAAAAAAAAAUUGCUCUUUUUAAAAAAAAAUGCCCUGGUUGAAAAGGAGAAACUGGCUUUCAAAUAUGAGGCACCAAGAAUGGUGGGGUGAAUUGUUUCUGGAUGCCGAUGCAAACAUUUAUUUUUCUUUUUCCUCAUAAGCCUCGCCAUAAAGCUUUAAGGAGGGUCCUGUACAGAUUAUUUAUUUAUUUUGGGUGUUCCUCACCACCCACUAUGGAUAUUAUUUUGUGGAAAUUCCGUUCCCUGGUAGAAUACAUCUAUAUCUAUCUGGGGAUGUGAUGGGUUUUUAUUAUAAUGAUUUUUUUUUUCAUAGUGAGGUGCUCAGUCUGCUCAGCUGUCUUUAGGUUUAGAGCAGACAGCCAGCAAGGCAGAGGGGAUACUGCUUGUCGUAGGAAAUGAAGUUACUGGAACGUUUUUGCUUCAGCAGGAGGAAAGGGAGAGUUGCUGGCUAUUCUCCAUAAUCGUAAGGGAGGUUAACCCUACACAUUAUUGUGAGACAGCAACCAACCAAUGCCUUUGUUUGCCCCUUUCCUGUAAAGUGAAGGGAAAAACACUGACUCUUUCUCUUUAUUAUCCCAAUCCCCAUGCUAAGCAUAAGGUGCGUCCAGAAAUCAUGGAUUCAUAUUAUUUAUUUAUUAUUUAUGUGGCUCCAUCCAGUGUUCCUGGAAGAUAAAGGAUAGUGACAGAGAGAAAUAUGGGUGCAUGAACUCAACACGUCCAGGUAUGUGGAAAGAGACCUUUUAAGUAUCCGAUUAGAAUUGCUGACCUAGCAAAUGGCAGCAGAGGACCAGGGAACAAGUAGGUUGUAGUCAGAGAGCCUUGAAUGGUGAAGAGAUUCAAUGUCUCAUCAAUAUGUUGAGAGAGUAUGACUGGUC